GGGAAAAUAUAAUAACUUUGCUUAUCGCCAGGCCAUAAGGCCACUUAUCGCCCCCUCCUCAGAUAUCUAUCCCAAGCCGUGCAGUUUGACUCGAUACAUUACAUUUCCCCUCGGUCGUGAUCCCUGGAAUUCAACCCAAAUCAAACAUGAAGUCUUUAUUCUUUUCUGCGGCACUACUAGUGACCGUCGCACUAGCUCAAGACAUGGUCACUUUCCCUACCGAUAUCGAAGUUGACAUAGUGCUUCCGCGACCGAACACAACAUACCUCUAUCAGUCGCCGUUCCCGCUUAUAUUCGCGAUUCAAAAUGCAAAAGUGGCUUGGGACUUUGGGUUCACAUUUAGCUGGGAGCUACACAACGACAUUGGCCUGAAGGACUUCGGCAGGGCGGGGGCGGGGGGGCCUUCUCUAGCAAACCCCAGCCCGCCGCCAUCGGACCCGUUUAUCAUCGUUAACUCCACUAGGAUCGACGGAAACUGGCGAGACCCUGUUACCACUUGGACGCUGGCCUGGGAGCUGAAACUGGCCACCAACUGCACGGAUGAAGGCAAUCGAUUCAGAAUUAGCGCAGGCUAUGUCUUUGGUGAGGGCCGCUCUAACUUUACUACUACGGGCUCUGGCAUUCCUCCAGCUAUCCAAGGGGGUGGCGAGUGUCCGAUCGCGGCUGGUGUCUUUGGAAUCGAGGCCAACUUGACAGGCUGCCCGCAUUUUGGCGACGCGGUGGGUGGCCCCGCCAACCCGUGUGCCGUUGCACUGGACGAUGUUCGUAUAAGUAGCAUAUCAGCGCAGCUACCUACGCCUACAAAAGUUGGAAUCUCUACAACAGGUGAAACGACUUCAGCGACGCAAUCCGUAGUCACGACGGGGACACCGGACGGCCCUCCUGCGACAGGAAGCGCGGCGAUAACUGGGGCAUAUCUUUGGAGGGAUUCUUUCUUUCUACCAAUCGUGCUUUUUGGAGUGAUUGGAACCGCCAUGCUUAUGCUGUAGAGCUAUUAACUAAUAUAGUUGACACAGCGAUUCUCGACAAUGGACUGUCGUCUGUAUUACAGCGCUGGAGCAAGAGAUGGCAACCGGCAGAUACAUGGAGGAGAUGGUGCCUUUCGUCUCUUGUUCUCUCCCUCUUUUUACAAGCUCUACAGACCUUGGAUCAUCAUUUUGUAGAAGUAUGAAUAUGUGAUUGAUUGAUCUAUCUAGGAGUAUGGGAGGUCUGGA